GAGACUAAGAAGAUUCAAGUAGCUGCUACCGAGUUCAAUGAUUAUGCAUUGAGCUGGUGGGAUCAGUUGGUCACAAACAAGAGGCGCAAUGGUGAAUUCCCCAUUGAAACAUGGGCAGAGAUGAAAGCUGUGAUGCGCAAGAGGUUUGUACCAAGUCAUUAUCACCGUGAUCUUCAUCAAAAGCUGAGACUGCUCACACAAGGAUCAAAGUCUGUAGAGGAAUACUUUCAAGAGAUGGAGUUGCUUAUGCUAAGAGCUUGUGUAUCUGAGGACAGUGAAGCUACCAUGGCACGAUUUCUUGGUGGACUCAACCGUGAGAUACAAGAUAGAGUGGAGAUGCAACACUACUUGGAGAUAGAGGAGAUGCUACACAAAGCUAUCUUGGUGGAACAGCAAGUUAAGAGAAGAAGUUAUGCGCGUGGCAGCUAUGGUUCCAAUAGAUACCAGACCUCUAAGGAAGAUAAACCGAGCUAUCAAAAGGAGAGCAAGCCACAGCCAAAAGAAGAAUCCAAGUCUAGUAGCAUCUACAACAAAGAUAAGGGUAAAGUGGAAGCUACAAGCUCGCGUGCAAGAGAUGUGAAGUGCUUUAAGUGCCAAGGGCGUGGGCACUAUGCUAAUGAGUGUACUAACAAGAGAGUUAUGAUUCUUCUGGAGAAUGGAGAGUUUGAAUCUGAAGAUGAGAAACUAAGGACUGAUCAAGAACUAUCAGAAGUUGAGCAUGAGGAGGAACCAGUUCAAGGUAGACUUUUGGUUGCAAGAAGAACUCUCAGUUUGCAAAACAAAACAGAGGAGCAAGAACAAAGAGAGAACUUGUUCUACACACGUUGUCUGGUGCAAGGAAAGGUCUGCAGCCUGAUCAUCGACGGUGGAAGCUGUGUUAAUGUUGCUAGCGAGACAAUGGUGAAGAAGCUUGGUUUGAAAGCUCAAAAGCAUCCUAAACCUUACCGGCUGCAAUGGCUUAAUGAAGAGGGCGAGAUGAGGGUAUCUACUCAGGUCUCUAUACCCUUGACCAUUGGGAGGUAUGAAGAUGACAUUCUCUGUGAUGUGAUACCCAUGGAAGCCAGCCACAUACUACUGGGAAGGCCUUGGCAAUUUGAUAGGCGUGAAUACCAGGAUGUAUUUCCAGAAGAUAAUCCCAUAGGAUUGCCACCUAUUCGAGGGAUUGAGCAUCAGAUUGAUUUUGUACCAGGAGCUACUCUUCCCAACAGACCAGCAUACAGAACUAAUCCUGUGGAAACCAAGGAGCUACAAAGGCAGGUUGAGGAACUGAUGGAGAAAGGCCAUAUCCGUGAAAGUAUGAGCCCAUGUGCUGUGCCUGUGCUCCUUGUUCCAAAGAAAGAUGGGAGCUGGCGCUUUGUUGUGAGUGCAGAUGGAGUAAAGGUGGAUCAGGAGAAGGUGAGAGCAAUUCAAGAAUGGCCAAUUCCAAAGACUAUAAGUGAAGUAAGGAGCUUUCACGGCCUUGCUGGCUUCUACCGACGGUUUGUGAAAGACUUUAGCACCAUAGCAGCCCCAUUGACUGAGGUGAUCAAGAAAGAAGUUGGAUUCAAAUGGGGAGAAGCACAAGAACUUGCCUUUCAAUGCCUAAAAGAGAAGCUUACUAAUGCCCCUCUUCUUAUACUUCCUGAUUUCAAUAAAACUUUUGAAAUUGAAUGUGAUGCCUCAGGAAUUGGAAUUGGUGCUGUUCUUAUGCAGGAGAAGAGACCCAUAGCUUAUUUCAGUGAGAAGCUUGGAGGCGCCACUCUCAACUAUGCAACUUAUGAUAAGGAAUUGUAUGCCUUGGUGAGAGCUUUGCAGACUUGGCAGCAUUACUUGUGGCCCAAGGAGUUUGUGAUACACACGGAUCAUGAGUCUCUCAAGUACUUGAAAGGACAGAACAAGCUCAGCAAAAGACACGCAAGGUGGGUUGAGUUCAUUGAGACAUUUCCUUAUGUCAUCAAGUACAAACAAGGUAAAGAAAACAUAGUUGCUGAUGCACUAUCUCGAAGACAUGAUGGAUUCCUCUUUUAUGAUAAUAGACUGUGUGUGCCUAAUUGCUCUUUGAGAGAUUUGUUUGUUAGGGAAUCACAUGGAGGAAGUCUCAUGGGUCACUUUGGUAUUGCAAAGACUCUUAAAACCUUGCAGGAUCAUUUCUUUUGGCCUCGGAUGAAAAGUGAUGUGGAGAAACUAUGUGAGAGAUGUGCAACUUGCAAGCAAGCUAAGUCUAAGGUUCAGUCUCACGGUUUGUAUACUCCUCUCCCUAUUCCUUAUCAUCCUUGGAAUGACAUAUCUAUGGAUUUCAUUGUUGGAUUGCCUAGAACUAGGACUGGGAAGGAUUCUAUCUUUGUUGUUGUUGACAGGUUCUCAAAAAUGGCACAUUUCAUAGCAUGUCAUAAAACUGAUGAUGCAUUGCAUGUAGCUAACCUGUUCUUUAAGGAGAUUGUGCGUUUACAUGGUAUGCCUAGGACCAUAGUUUCUGAUAGGGAUACUAAGUUUCUUAGUUAUUUUUGGAAAACUCUUUGGUCUAAGCUAGGCACUAAGUUGUUGUUCUCCACUACUUGUCAUCCGCAAACUGAUGGACAGACUGAAGUAGUUAAUAGAACUCUAGGAACACUCUUGCGUGCAUUCAUUAAAAAGAAUCUGAAAUCUUGGGAAGAUUAUCUGCCACAUUGUGAAUUUGCAUAUAAUCAUGCUGUGCAUUCUGCUUCUAAGUUUUCACCCUUUGAAAUUGUUUAUGGGUUCAAUCCCACCUCUCCUUUGGAUUUAAUCCCUUUACCUGAGUUUUGGGUUCAUUUGAGAAAAGAGAGGUUUCCUAAUGAGAGGAAGUCAAAGCUUAUGCCAAGAAUUGAUGGACCUUUUGAGAUCACAAGGAAGAUCAGCAACAAUGCCUACAAGAUUGAUCUCCAAGAUAAGUCUGAUUUGAGGUCAAAUCCUUUUCAAGAGGGAGGGGAUGAUAUGAUCAUGGACCAGCCAGCUGAUGGAGAUAGAGAUGGCGAGUUUAGAGAUGAACCAGCUGAAGAAGAUGAGGUCUUAACCAUUCCUAAAGGUCCCAUGACUCGAGCCAGAGCUAGGAAACUCAAAGAAGCUAUUGGAGGACUAAUCAGGAAGUCCUUGGAG